CUAAUUUAUGAAUCACCAAAAAACGUAGUUCACAGUUUUCAUUAGUUAACGGCUUCCCAGAGCAAAGUACCUGCUCAAAUCACAAUGUUCUCCAGCGGACCCAACUACAACAAGCUGAAGACCAACCUGCGGUUGGCCCUCAAUCGCUUGAAGCUCCUGGAGAAGAAGAAGGCGGAGCUGACGCAAAAGUCCAGGAAGGAGAUAGCCGAUUAUCUGGCCACGGGGAAAACGGAGCGUGCCCGCAUCCGGGUGGAACAUAUAAUACGUGAGGAUUACCUGGUGGAGGCGAUGGAAAUGGUGGAAAUGUACUGCGACCUGUUGCUCGCUCGCUUCGGUCUCAUCACCCAAAUGAAGGAGCUGGACUCGGGCAUAGCCGAGCCAGUGGCCAGCCUUGUGUGGGUCUGCCCCCGCCUGCAGAGCGACAUUGCGGAGCUCAAGAUCAUCUCGGACAUCUUCAUCACGAAGUACGGGCCGCAGUUUGCGGAGCACAACCGCACCGCCACCGGGGAUCAUUAUGUGUCCGAGAAGCUGAUGCACAAGCUCACCCUACAGGCGCCGCCCAAGCUGCUGGUGGAGAAGUAUCUGCUUGCCAUCGCCAAGAACUACAACAUCGAGUACGAGCCGGAUCCGCAGGUGAUGCAGGAGGAACAGAAGCCGGAACAGCACCAUCUUAUCGAUCUCUCCGAUCGUAACAAUCUCAGUGGUGGUGGUAUGCCUCCGCCACAGAUGGGUUUCAUUGGGUAUCCGGCCGUGCCGCCGCUUCCCAAUAUGCCGGUGCCACCCACAAGCAAACCGUUUAAUUAUCCGCCAUUUGGUGGCGGCGGCGGCGGUGGCGGUGGAGGAGGCGCUGGUGCUUGUGCAGGAGGCCCACAGCCGCCUCCACCGUUUGCCUACAACAUACCGCCCAAUCAGCCACCGCCGUCGCAGCCAUCGAUGCCAUCGGUGGUGCCUGGCAAAUGCUCGGAGGAGAAGGAUCUGAAUACCAAUUUCAUAAAUCGGGAAACUAACAAUACGGAUGAUUCGGGCAGCCCAGAUGAGAAUAUUUUGCGCCCCAAACCCAACAAUGAUCCGCCGCCACGUUAUACCUCCAUUAAUCCCGUCAACCUGCAGAAUGCCAACAAACCGAAACCACAACCGCGUUCAAAGCUGCCUCCUGGUGGACCUCCGGGGCCCACACUUCCGAGUGCCCCGCCUGCCUUGGACCCUUCAUCGCUGCCCAAUGUACCCUUGGAUCUGCCAGACAUUCCGCCAGGACCUUCAGGCGGCAAGAAGGAGGAUGAAGAUGAGAUCGAUUUCGAUGAGUUGUCGCGUCGCUUCGAGAAUCUCAAGAAGCGCAAAUGA